CUACUCUCAAAAUUAACUAAUAUUAUUAGACUUUAUUAUUCAGCUGAUGGGCGUAUUUACGAGCUCUACCGGCCACCCACUGUCAUCCACUACAAGUACAAUCCCUAUUACAGACAGCAAUCUCUUGCAAAGUACUGUACCAACAUAUAAUCGGGGUUCCGCGGAUUCAGAACGGCAUAUUUGCCGCCACCCCACUCUAAAAAACAUCCUAAACACUAUAUCCGCCUUUUUUCGGCCUAUGGCGGGGUUGAGAUGAGUGGGACAUUAAUCUAUACCAUCUUCGAUCGGAUCCGCCACGAUUGGCGCGAGAUCGUCGCCCAACAAUGCGAUGGAGUGGAGUCUUGCAUAAAAACGAAACUGGACGCCCUACUGCACUCUUUAUGGAGCAGAAGAUGCAGCAACACGACACCCUGAGAGUGCAGAACCCGGACCAAACGCCUCUGGAGUUUGAUCAGACUGCAAAUGUGGAUGGUGGUGAUACUCAUCGCGAAAACUUACCAGAAGCGCAAAAAUCCCAAAGCCUUCCCCAGGAAAACCAGUCACAUCUCGAUAUCGAGAAGGUAGGUGGCAGAGGCGUGGACGAAACAUAUGCCUCGGAGACGAUAAAAAAGAGCAGUUCUACAUGCUCCGACAUCAAUUCUCCCGAGACCAAUGUCGAGGUGUUGAGGUCAUCGCGGACCAGCCUGUUUGAAAAGUCCAAAGAGGACACACCCAUGGAGAACAACGACGGCGACAACUUGAUGGCACUCCUCGAUGACCCAUCGCGGUUUCCAGAGGGUGGCACCCGGGCGUACCUCGUUCUUCUCGGGUCUUGCAUUGGCCUCACAGGGGUACUCUCCUUCACCAACUCUGUAGGAGUGUUUGAAGGACACAUCUCCCAGAUGCUUCCAGACACUCCGCUCCUGACGAUUGGGUGGAUUUUCUCUGUCAACAACUUUCUUCUGUUCGGUAUGACAUUAAUCCUGGGUCCGAUUUUCGACCAUAUUGGGUGCAAAAUCCCCAUUCUCGUGGGAACCACCCUCAUGACAGUAGGAUAUAUGUGCAUGUCGGUGUCCACCACCACGUACCAGUUUAUUCUCUCGUACGGUAUAUUGGGAGGCUUUGGCGUGGCCUUCACUUUUGGGCCCUUUGUCGCUGUGCUUACUCACUAUUUCUUGAAAAAAAGAGCCAUGGCCAUUGGGCUUGCCUACAUUGGUGGAGCCUUGGGUGGGGUGAUCUUUCCUAUCAUGUUCCGUUCGUUGAUCCCUAAAAUUGGAUUUGGGUGGUCGGUUCGUAUCGGUUCCUUUAUCAGUCUUUCGUUCCUUUUGACGGGAUGGGCCCUAGUCAGUGACCGCCACACCGAGUUCCAAAAGGAUAACCCUAACAGUCAGCUUCCUGUGUUGACCCAAAUCUUGAAGUCCAUCGACUUCAAAGUGUUCAAAAACAAAACCUACUCGUGCUUGGUUUUGGGGUUGUUAGGCAAUGGUCUUGCAUUCUUAUUGGCCAUUACUUAUCUUCCUUCCUACGCUAUUGCUUUUGGCUUUUCGCCCCACAAGGCAUACAUGCUCCUGGUGGUGUUCAAUGCUUGUUCCAUUCCCGGAAGAGUUAUCCCUUCUCUAUUAGCAGACAGAUAUGGUAGAUUCAAUCUAGUGUGCUGUAUAAGUUUGUUGUCCACCCUCGCCUUCUUUGUGGUGUGGGUGAACAGGCCAGUGGCACAUACCUUGACCGGUUUGUACGUGUUUGCGGCGUGGUUUGGGUUUUCGUCAGGAUCGAUCUUGUCACUUUCCCCUGCCGCUAUUGGCCAAAUCUUCAAGGUGGAGGAUAUUGGUGCAGGGAUUGGAACUGCAUUCUUUAUUAUGUCUUUUGGAGAUUUGAUUGGAAUUCCCAUUGGAGGAGCAAUCACCAACUCCAGAACUGGGGCCAGUUUUGAUCACUUGGUCUUGUUUUUGGCCCUUGCUUGUCUUUGCGGAACUACAGGAAGUUUCGUGGCGAGAUGGCUCUAUGGGGGCCCCAAAUGGGUUAUUGUAUAGCCGGUUGGGAUCGCUUGGCUGCAAAAACCACUAAUUGUAAGUAGUAAUCGCA